AAGGCAGCCCAGUGCCGCCAGGAGGAGGAGGAGGGGUGGGGAGAGGCCAGGCCGGAGCUUUGCCAGAUGUGGGAAAGGAGAGAAGGGGGGACGCUCGCCGCUCGCUCGCUUUCCCCCCCCCCAACCCAGCUCCCCGCAGGCGGUGGGGCGGCCGCGCCGGGGACCCCGUCCCGGGGGACACGACGGUGUCACCGGGCCGGGGGGCGAGGCCGGGGCUCGGCGAGCCCGGGAGGCGCUGGGCGCCGCGUGGGGCCCCACGUCUGCUUCUCAGGCUUCGGCAGUGGAUGUUGCCCCGGCUGGAUGCUCGCUCCGGGCAGCGGGCAGUGCACCCUGCCGCUCUGCCCCUUCGGCUGUGGCAGCGGCUUCUGCAUCGCCCCCAACCUCUGCUCGUGCCCGGAUGGAGAGCAGGGCAUCACCUGCCCAGAGCCACCAGGGACAUGCGGGGAGUAUGGCUGCGACCUCUCCUGUAACCAUGGUGGGUGCCAGGAGGUGGCCCGCGUCUGUCCCCUCGGCUUCUCCAUGGUGGAGACGGCCAACGGCAUCCGCUGCACUGACAUUGACGAGUGCCUGAGCGCCGCCUGCGAGGGUCUCUGCGUCAACACCGAGGGCGGCUUCGUCUGCGAGUGCGGCCCUGGCAUGCAGCUCUCCGCCGACCGCCACAGCUGCCAGGAUACGGACGAGUGCCUGGCCACGCCGUGCCAGCACCGCUGCAAGAACAGCGUGGGCAGCUACCGCUGCUCCUGCCGGCCCGGCUACCACCUCCACGGGAACCGGCACUCCUGCGUGGAUGUCAACGAGUGCCGGCGGCCGGGAGACAGACGUGCCUGUCAGCACGCCUGCCACAACACCCCAGGCAGCUACUUGUGCUCCUGCCGCCCCGGGUACCGGCUCAGCGGCGACAGGGUCUCCUGCGAAGGCUUCCCCAAGUCCAUCCUGGCCCCCUCACCCAUCCUUCAGUCCCUGCAGCAUCCCCCCACCCUCGUCCUGCUCCCUCCCGGCCCUGGGGGACCCCUCCUGGUCCCCAGGGGCUCUCCCUCUUCCCACCUCCCUGCCGCACCUCCGGGCACCCAACCUCCUCCGUCCUCACCCACCACCGUGUCCCCGGUCACCGAGCUGUCCCCACGCGGGGAGGGAGCCCCCGGUACCGCUGCACCAGCCCCUCGCUGCUGGUACCGGGGGGCCCUCCGGGAGCCGGGCACUCGCUGGAUGGAGCCGGGGUGCCGGAGCUGUGCCUGCCAGGGAGGACGAGUGCUCUGCGAGGCCGUCAGCUGCCCCGUGCCUUGCUCCCACCCGCUGCCCGCCCCGGCCGGGGGCUGCUGCCCCAGCUGCACAGGCUGCUUGCACGAGGGGGUGGCCCGUGCCGAGGGCGACGUCUUCUCCCCAUCAGAUGGCAACUGCACCGUAUGCGUGUGCCUGGCUGGAAACGUCUCCUGCAUCUCCCCCGAGUGCCCCUCGGACUCUUGCCCCAGCGCCUCGCCGCCCGACUGCUGCUCCUGCCAGCCAGUAAAGUGCAGCUUCCGCGGCCGCACGUACGUGCACGGAGCCCGCUUCAGCUUGGACGAGGACGACUGCACCACCUGCGUCUGCCGGGGUGGCGAGGUGGAGUGCUCCUUCGCCCCCUGCCCAGCGCUGGACUGCCCACAGCACCAGCGGCACCUGCGCCCCGGGCAGUGCUGCUUCACCUGCCGGGACCCCCCGCGCCCCUCGGGCUGCUUCGUGGAUGACAACGGGGUCGAGUUUCCCAUCGGACAGAUCUGGUCUCCGGGCGAUCCCUGUGAGUUAUGCAUCUGCCAGGCCGAUGGCUCAGUGAGCUGCAAGAGGACGGACUGCGUGGAGACGUGCCCCUACCCCAUCCACAUCCCCGGGCAGUGCUGCCCUGACUGCUCGGCAGGAUGUACCUACAUGGGACAGAUCUUCUACAACAACGAGACCUUCCCGUCCCUCCUGGACCCCUGCCUCAGCUGCAUCUGCCUGCUGGGCUCGGUGGCCUGCUCACCCGUGGACUGUGCCAUCUUCUGCACCUACCCCUUCCACCCCGAGGGCGAGUGCUGUCCUGUCUGUAACGACUGCAACUACGAGGGCAGGAAGGUGGUGAACGGCCAGACCUUCAGCCCCGAGGGACAGCCCUGCACCCGCUGCACGUGCCAGACACCCAGCUCCCACUGCAGAGAGGCGACGUGUCCCCAUCCCCAUCCCCGUCCCACAAAGAGCUCGUGCCCACCGGCACCCCCCAGCCUCCCCGCCACCGCCUGGCCCAGCUCCUGCUCCACUCUGCCCCCUUCGGCCCCUCUCCUGGGGGGGAGCGCCCUUCCACCACCCCGAGCCCCCCCCAGCACCGUGGGGGGCUCUCAGCUGCUGCUCUGCCUCCUGCUGCCCCCCCUGGAGAGGCCACGGGACCCCCAGCUCCCACGGGCAGCCCUGGGUCAAGGCGGGAUGCUCAGGGGCAUCCCGGGGACGCGGACCCCUCGGCCGUGCCAACAGCUGGCAGGGAGAGCCCCGGCGGGCACGCGGCUCCCUAGAGCCACCCUGCCUGGAGGAGGAGAAGGAGGAGGAGGAGGAGGAAGGCUGCAGGACCAGCAGGCCUGGCUGGCCAGGCGUGGCUGGGGACGGGGCGCUGAGGCACGCAGGUGGCCGUGCCGAGCACCCAGGGAUGGCGACACGUCCCUGCGCCCCGCUCUCUCGGGCGGAGGGCACAGGGUCCUCCAGCUCCUCACCACCCCAUGGCGCAGGAGGCUGUGGGGCCAGGGGGCCAGUGCCAGCUACUCCCUCCCCCAAUAAAGUCACCCUGGUA